CCACCGGCUCAGAGUUGCGUACUGCGUUGCCCUCACCAGCCCCGGCUUACCGGUUCUGGUCCCAAACGAACCAUGCUGCCGGCUGCCCACCUCCGCCGACGGUCUCGUCAAGAGCAUCAUGAACUCGGUUCAACCCACAGCCCUGCCAGCAGUCCGGCUGACUCGGGCUAUGGCACCGCUCCUGCAACGCCGGCAACUCCCAAGAAAGCUACGGAGCGGGAUCGGAAGUCGUCGAUUGACAUCUGGGUUUCCUGUGAUGGAAUUCAGUCGGACUCGGACGACCCAUUCAUCGACAGUGAUAGUGAGCAGACAUUCAGGGGUGAGGUCCCUGCCUCACCCGUCUCCCCGACGACCUGCAUACCACCGCGCAAUUCCGACGAGAAAGCGGUCACAUUGCCGAAACGGCCACUACGCUCGCGUCUGACAUUGCCCACUUCGCGUUCCCCCUUCUUCAAGUCCACGCCACAGCCGCAGGGUCCUAAGACUGCCUCCGUGCGCCAUCUGGACCGCUUCAUUCCUGCGAGGGCUACGGGCACAGACGCCUCCGAAAGGUUCAGGACCAGUAAGCUGCCACACAAUCUGACGCCUGCGGAGAAGCUUCUCCGGCACAAUGGGGCUGCCGAAGACGCCUUUAUUUAUCGCCGGAGAGUUGUGACGCCGCUGGCGUCCGAAUAUCGCUCCCCCUCGGGUGCCGAAAGUGCAGCAAGCCGGAAUAGAGGUUGGUCGCGCAACGCCGAGAGUGGCUUCGGGCAGUGCUCCGUGCUGACUUGGCUCAGUCGGCAGUGUUCUUGGUCCCCUUGACCAGAAUAGUAUUGAUGGCAGUGACGCACAGGUCAGCGGAAACACGGCCUGGACCGUCGGCCUCGGGGGAACCGCUGUUAACAACGGCCGAGGCCAGUUAGUCAGGAGCGGAACAAACGCUCCGCUGUUCCGGACCACAUUUCCCACUGUGAAAGCCCAGAACAUCGAAGAGUUGGAGAAGCAUCAAGCCCGGCUUGCGGCGGCACUAGGCUUGGACAGGACGCAGCGCGUACUCGAGACCAACGCAGCUCUUUCGCCGGGCGAAAUCUGUAACAAGCCGGGACAUGUCCCGACACAAUGGAACGGCGCGGAAUGGGUCAACGAAGGGCCUAUCCCGAAGCCGC